AUGAAAGUCCUCCUCCUAGGUCUCACCGGCAACGUAGGCUCUCGUCUCCUCCCCUCACUUCUCGCACACAAUCAUUCAGUCGUUGCGUUCGUCCGCUCCCCCUCCAAAAUCCCCUCCGAAAUCAAAUCCAAACUCGCCGCCCUCGUCGUUGGAUCUGCAACCGACAGCAACGCCAUCAGAACCGCAAUUCUCGAACAUGAAUGCGAUGCAGUCGUUAAUGCGGCUGGUGUAGCCGCCAUGACGGGUUUCACUGCUCAAGGAGAGUUCACGGCGAUUUUUGAGGCGGUGGUGAAGGUGUGUAGUGAGGCUGGGAAGGAACGGGGAGUACCGAUUAGAUGUUGGUUUAUGAGUGGGUUUGGGAUCUUGGAUGGGCCGAAGAAGGGGUGUUUGUUAAGCGAUUUUAUCCCACUCUUCCCCUCCCACAAGCGAAACUACGCACUCAUCAAAUCCAUCCCCCCUUCAACCCUCGCCUGGUCCCUCUUCUGCGCCAUGGAAAUGCCUCCUAAACACCCAUCACCGCAGUUCCCUCCCUCUCCUGACUCCCCAGCCGAUAACCUGAUUGCGAAAGCUGAUUCCCCACCGAAUUGGAAUGAGAAAUGGAAGAAAGUGCCGCUGAUAGGCAAUUAUCUUAAUAUUAUGACACAGAUGCAGGGAUAUGUCGCGGGUUUGGAGAGGUGUGCGGAUUUUAUUGCGGGGGAUUUGGAGAAGGGGAUGGGGAGUGAGUGGGUGGGGAGGAGGGUGGGUGUUGUGGAGAGGAGUAAGGUUAUUUGA